UGCAGUGAAUUGUAUAUAUUAAACUUAAAAUUUUGCUUAAAAUCCUCACAUCUCUCGGUUUAUAAAUCACAAAUUAAUUAAUGUAUGUAUUCAAAAUAUUCUGGAUAGUGCGUAUUUAAACAUCUUACGUUGACUAUAUUCUUUUGUGCAAUGUUUUAAUAAGUUAUUUCUAAAAAUACGCGAAUAUGCAGAGGCUGUCUCUAAAUUUUUUAAUGUAUACGAUUAGUGGUAUAUGGCGGCCUAUCGAAUGGUCAUCGAACUGUGCUAAGCUGUUGUAUAAUGUGUUUACCACUUUUAUAAUAGUAGCUGUGUACUUUUUGAUGUUAACUCAAUUCAUGGAUAUCGUUUUUAUCGUUGAUAAUAUAGAUGACUUUGCUACCAAUUCUCUAAUGUUUAUGACCAUUGUCAGUGUUUGUUGCAAAGCCACUAUCGCCGUAAUACGUCGAAAUGCGAUCAUCGAUUUAGUUGAUAUGUUGCUAAAGGAUCCGUGUAAACCUCAAAACGAAGCCGAAGGGGCAAUACAAAUGAAAUUUGAGGAGUUUAUCAGAUCUUGCUCGAUUAAGUAUUCAUAUUUGUCGACAAGCUCUGUGACAUUUUUCACGAUAAGAUCAAUAAUAAAUAUUACGCAGGGUCGUUUGCCAUUCAGAGUUUGGUUGCCAUAUGAUUGUAAUAAGCCUCUAAUGUUUUGGAUUACAUUUGUCCAUCAGUUUAUAACAUCGAUUUUUGCCACUAUCAUUAGUGUCGGCACAGAUACUCUAAUUUGCGGACUUUUUCUGCAAACAUGCGUUCAAUUUGAGAUUUUCGAAUGUCGUCUCCAAUUAGCGAUUAAUACAAAAGCUCAAUGUCCAGAGUAUUUUUCACAAAUUUCAUCGGAUAAAGGAAAAACAAUGUCGAAAUACAUAAAGCAUCAUCUCAGUAUUUACAAUUACGCCAAAACGCUAAACAGUAUAUUUAAUCAGGUACUUUUCUGUCAAUUUUUUGGAAGUAUAUUGUUAUUAUGCACAAGCGUGUAUUAUAUAUCAACACAUAUUACGGGCUCCGAAGUUGCGACUAUGUCAAUGUAUACUGUUUGUAUGUUUGCACAAAUCUUCGUUUACUGCUGGUCCGGAAACGAAGUAAUACUUAAGAGUAACAGCAUAGGAAAUGCAGUAUACAAUAUGAAUUGGUUUUUAUUAUCGAUUAACGAAAGGAAAGAGCUCUUAAUGAUAAUGAAACGUAGUACAAUUCCUAUAAAAUUUACAAGCAGCUUCUUGAUAACUUUUUCUCUCCAAUCUUAUAGUAAUGUUCUGAAAACAUCGUAUUCGGCAUUUAACGUAUUACAACAGUCCUGAAAUUGUAUCUUGGAACAUUACACAGUAGUAGUCUUAAAAAUACAUCCUGAAGAGGAUAUUAUUCAUAUGCAUAUAUAACGUUAAAAAUAGUACUUCGAUAACUUUAUAAAUGCACGCUAAUCAUUAAAUAAAACUCGCCAAAUUAAAUAUACAAUACAGUUACAAUUAUUAUCGCAACAUAUACCAAGAAACUUGGAAACGUUCAUUUCUCGUUAUUGUGUAAGUUAUAAUUGUCAUUCGCAUAUGCAAAGAUGAUAUAUUGUGUUUAAAAAUCAUACAAUAUAAUAUAAUUGUUGUAAUUGAAUUUACAAUUAGGUCAUAUCAUUAUUAAAUAUUUAAAAAUUUGGAAAUAUUUGAAAAAUAUUUCAAUUAUAUUUUAACGAUAUUUUAUAACGAUUUUUUCAUAUUUCAGAUCACACUAUCAACACACAAUAUAUCAUGUUACAUUAUCAUAUAAUAAUGUCAUCACGUAUUCUUAAUGCAUUUGUUACAUCAUGUUGAUACAAAAAUGGUGUUAUAAAUUUAGUC